AGGAUGGAGAACGAGAGGGAGGCCACAGUCUGGCGGCCCAGGUGUAACUUGCCGCUCGCUCGAACAGUACAUUGCCGGACGCAAUACUCGGCACGACGCUUCACCUAGAUGCUAUAUCGUUUCGCAUCGCCAUACUGUUUUUUUUUUAUUUUCCUCGAUUCGCGAAAAACGCGCGCUGUUAUUUCAAAUUACGAACAAUGUUAUCUGGAUAGCCGGAUCCGCGAAAUAACGAACGGACACGCGAAAUGUCAUUCGAGCGAUUUCAUAAGGCCGCUCGAGAAGGAGCAUUGGACGUUCUGAAAGAAGCUACGAGAAAGGAUUGUAAUGCGCGAGAUGAAGGAGGAAUGACUCCAACAUUAUGGGCAGCCUUCGAAGGUCACAUAGAUGCCCUGAGAUUGCUGGUCACCAGGGGAGGUGAUCCGGACAAGACUGAUUAUUUCGGUAAUACAUGCCUGCAUCUGGCAGCAGCGAGAGGUCACGAAUUCUGUGUGAAAUUCUUGGUGAAAUUUGGUUGCAAUAUUUGGUCAUUGGACAUUGAUCGACACUCCGCCCGAGAACUUGCAGCGAUAAAUGGUUGCGAGAGAAUUUUGCAAUUCCUAGACCUCGCCCAGGCCGAUCAAGAAUUGAAUAGUCGUAAGAAAAGUCGUCUGCUCCGGGAAAAAGCGGAGAAAGAUGCGGAGAAAAGAUUGAAAGAGUACAUGAAAAAACAAAAGUUGGCUGAAAUUAGAGCGGAAAAGGAACAGAAGAAACUCAUAAAGAAUCGCGCUAGAUCGGACUCCGAGGCGAUGAAUGAAUUGAAUUCUCAACGCUCUGGCGUAUUGACCUUUAAAGGCCGAAUUAAACCUUCGCCGACAUUUAGCGAUAUCGUCGGUACCACUACGAAGAGACAGCACGGCAGUACGGUAUGUCGGAAAGCGUUAGCGAAGAAAGCCGCCAGCGACUUCAAGGUCGUAGAGGUUGAGAUGAAUGGAAAGAAAUCUAUUCGAAGUCUGACUGGUGUUCGACGGGAUUCUGAAGUUAUGUACGUAGGCACAUACGAUACUGAAUCUCAACAUAUAGGCAGAAGAGGGAAGAUCUCUGAUGUAUGGGGUACUCUGAGCAAAUCUCAGAGCACACCCGAUCUCUUAGGUGAAAGGAUAUAUGAUGAGGAGGAGGAAAAUAGAGAGGAAGAGAAUUUGAACAUUGCAAAAGACACUGCUUUUCUUCAAGAACCGGCCAGCAUUUUCAAUCGACCUGGAUUCGGUUCGGUGGCUUUCAGAAGGGCGAUAACAUCUACGCUGGACAACUUGCCGGUCACGCAGAUGGACGUUCAAUUACAAAACAGUAAUCUUUCUGGAAACGGUUCUAUAAAUGGGUCCAUAAAUAGUAACAAAUUUAGUCCAAAUGGACAUAAUGAAGAGAUCAGUAUCGGAAGUGCUGGCAGUUUGGCUCGCAGGCAAAGUUCGUGGGAUGAGGAUCUGCUUUCAGAAAGUGAAGAGACGGACGAGGAAUGGACACCUUUGCAGAGAUUUUUAGUCGCCAAUAAUCUCACAUCCAUACAGUCUAUCCUGGAAUCAGAGCAAAUCGAUCUGGAAGCUCUAAUGCUGCUCACCGAAACUGACAUAGCAGCCCUUAAACUUCCGCUCGGUCCUAGACGGAAACUCACUAAUGCAAUCGCAAACCGGAAACGAGCACUAAGCAUGCCGGAGAGUAUUAUCAAGGACAGUAGAUUAUAAGCAAAGUAUGUUUCAUUAGCCAUAGAGAAUAUUAUUGUUGUCGAUGAAAUUAUCCGUCCAUCUACAAAUGUAU